AUGACACAAACAAACGGAGUUCAGAAGGCUGUGCCCUCUGCCUUACCCUUGAUGCAGAAGUUGUCUGGUGAUCAUGAUUUGGUCCUCAAGACCUUCCGUCUGCUCAUUGCCGACCUGUGUCAACAGUUCAGCGGCGGUCACCCUGGUGGCGCCAUUGGCAUGGCUGCAAUUGGUGUUUCGCUGUGGAAGUACGUUAUGCGGUACGCUCCACACUCCCCGGAUUUCUUCAACCGUGAUCGUUUUGUUCUAUCCAAUGGCCACACAUGUCUCUUCCAGUACAGCUUCCUCCACCUAACCGGCUACAAGGCUAUGACGUUCGACCAGCUCAAGUCCUAUCACUCCGAUAGAGUGGAUGCGCUUUGCCCUGGCCACCCCGAGAUUGAGCACGAAGGUGUGGAGGUGACCACUGGUCCAUUGGGUCAGGGUAUCGCGAACGCAGUCGGUAUGGCCAUGGCCACGAAGAACUUGGCUGCCACCUACAAUCGCCCUGGAUUUGACGUCGUUAACAACCACACCUGGUGCAUGAUCGGAGAUGCCUGUCUACAGGAGGGUGUCGGUCUCGAGGCGAUCUCUCUCGCUGGCCAUUUCCGUCUUAACAACCUUACAGUUAUUUACGACAACAAUCAAAUCACCUGCGAUGGAUCCGUGGACCUCACCAAUACUGAGGAUGUCAAUGCUAAAAUGCGUGCCUGUGGAUGGGAUGUGAUUGAUGUCCAGGAUGGUUGUUUCGAUAUCGAGGCAAUCGUCCGUGCUCUGGAGCAGGCUCGGGCCUCCAAGGAGAAGCCUACUUUCAUUAAUGUUCGCACCGUCAUUGGUCUCGACAGUGCAGUCGCUGGUACUGCAACUGCCCACGGUGCCGCCUUCGGCAUUGACAAUGUUGCUGAAAUGAAGACACUUUACGGUUUCAACCCCGAGGAGCACUUCAUCAUUGGUGAUGUUGUUCGUCAGUUCUUCCAGGAUCUCCCUGCUCGCGGAGAGCAACAUGUGCAGGAGUGGAACAAGCUUGUGAACAACUAUACAGCUCAGAACCCGGAGCUCGGAGCAGAAUUCCAGGCCCGUGUGCGAGGUGAGCUGCCGGCCGACUGGAAGCAACACAUUCCCACCUCUUUCCCCGAAAAACCAACUGCCUCUCGCGCCUCCAGCGGUUUGGUCUUUAACCCUAUCGCCAAGGAGUGCAAGAACUUCAUAGUCGGUACGGCCGAUCUGUCCCCAUCAGUCAACAUGAUCUGGCCCGGCAAGGUUGACUUCCAGCACCCGGACUUGCGUACUACCUGCGGCAUUAACGGUAACUAUUCCGGCCGCUAUAUUCACUAUGGUGUCCGUGAGCACGCCAUGGCUGCCAUCUCCAACGGUCUGGCUGCAUUUUCCCCAAAUACAAUCAUCCCGGUCACCUCUUCAUUCUUCAUGUUCUACCUCUACGCUGCCCCCGCUGUCCGGAUGGGCGCUCUGCAGCACCUGCAGAUCAUCCAUGUCGCCACCCACGACUCCAUUGGUAUGGGCGAGGAUGGGCCGACUCAUCAGCCUAUUGAACUUGCUGCUCUGUACCGCGCUAUGCCCAACAUCUUGUACAUCCGCCCCGGUGACAGCGAGGAAACCGCUGGUGCAUGGACCGCCGCUAUCGAGGCGAAGAAGACCCCAACUAUUAUCUCCACCUCACGCCAGACUCUCCCUCAACUCUCCCAAACACGACGCGACGGAGUGGCCCAUGGUGCGUAUGUUCUCUCAGAGAACGAGUCGGCCGUUGUCACUCUGAUUGGCGUUGGCGCCGAGCUUUCAUUCGCGCUGGAAGUGGCUGAGAAGCUGAAGACCCAGGGUAUCGCUAGCCGUGUUAUCAGUUUCCCCUGCCAACGUCUGUUCGAGAAACAGUCGCUCAAUUACAAGCGUGAUGUUCUCCGCCGUCACCGUGGCAUCCCUGCCGUUGUGAUUGAGCCGUAUGCACCCAACGGAUGGGAGCGCUAUGCAGAUGCUGGUAUCUGUGUGAAGCGUUUCGGCCACAGUCUCCCCGGGAAGGCAGCCUAUAAGUACUUUGGCUACGAGAUUGAUACCUUGACCACCAAGGUUUCCGGCUACUUAAGCCAGAUUAAGAAAGAUGAGCUGCUUCGCCAUGAGUUUGUUGAGCUCUGA